CGAUAUUGCAUUAUGUCCAGACGAACACACAAGUAGAAGAAGAACUACUUUUGCUCACGUUUCUGCUGUGUGUAUGUAAAGUUGCUUUCUCGUUCAUGCUGAAAUAAGGUUGUCGACUGUGGUGGGUUGCCAUGGCAUCACGAGCAGGACCGCGCGCUACAGGAACAGACGGCAGCGACUUUCAGCACCGUGAGCGUGUGGCGUCACACUAUCAGAUGAGUGUGGCCUUGAAGUCCGAAAUCAAGAAGCUGAACAUCGCUCAUCUAGUGGUCUGGUUGCUUGUAGCAGCACAGGUGGUGGUCAGCCAGCUGAACUUGGUGUCCCAUAAAGUGGUGGCCUCUCCUUACCAAUGGGAAUACACGUAUCUUCUGAGCAUCAUACCUACUGUCUUCAGCUUCAUGGCUUUACCAAAAAACAACAUCAGUUACCUGGUCAUCUCAAUGAUCAGCGCCGGGCUUUUCUGUGUCGCUCCUAUUCUUUAUGGAGGGAUGGAGAUGUUUCCUGUGGCUCAGCAGCUUUAUCGGCAUGGCAAAGCUUAUAGGUUCAUCUUUGGCUUCUCUGCUGUCUCUGUAAUGUACUUAGUUUUGAUUAUUUCACUUCAAGUACAUGGCUGGCAGAUCUACUAUAGCAAAAAGCUGCUGGAUGCCUGGUUCACCAACACACAAGAUAAAAAGAAGAAAUAAGGGACUGAUGAAGAAUACUAGUUGUCAGCUGUUUAUUUGUCUCUUUAUUUACUCUUCUGAGGGCUCUUCGAUCACAUAUGUUUUUAUGAUUACAUGACUAAGUAAUUUGAGCCUAAGAGGAGAUCAGAUGCUUUAAACCAGGAUGUUCAGUGUCAAGCUUCUCAUCCAUUGGCUCUCAGCCCAGGGCAAGACGUCACUAAUAUCCGUUUCUGCUUAGGUUUGAACUGCUGGCUUUGUAAUCUCUGUUUCCAUCACAAUUCCACAUGUUGUUUAACAUACAUCAAGUCUUAUUCAUAAGGGAUGUGUUGGAAAUGUAACCUCAAUGAUGAGGAACCAGGCGUUGUGUGAAGAACCACAUCAAAAGUCCAUUUACUAAAAUAGUGUACGUCAAACAUUCUGCUCUUUUCCACUAAUCGGCUUACAAUAAAAUUAACCGAAAAUAUGAA